UCAAAUCUCCGGCAAAGCCUAACCAAACACCACGGCCAAUUCCGAACAAAAAUGCGUGCUUAGUAACAUUGUAAGUCACAAAAUUCGAGCUCCUAUACUCGUGGACAAAAUUACAAAAAGUAAAUUUACUUUUUUUUGAGAGAAAGAAAGUAAAAUUACUAGCGUGGAAGGAUUUGACCAACGUUAUGGGCUAGUUGGAGCCUGCCAAUGUUUUGUUUUUUGAGGGAUUAGAGCCAGCCGAAUGACGGAACCACAGCGAAGCCCAUUCUCCCGUCACGUCGCCCAAAUCCAAUCCACGAAGAUGGGCCUGAGCUUCUCGAAGCGCGUGGACGCGGCGCUCCGGCGGGCGCCGGCGUUCGCCGUCGCCUGCGACGCCGCCUUCAACCGCUGCCUCGCCGACGCCCAGCACGCCUUCUCCGGCGUCCGCCCCUACCAGCUCGCGGACGCGUCGGCUCACCUCCACUCGGCCCUGCGGGGCUCCCUCCCUCUCGUCCGCCGCUGGGUGCCCUCGCCGCCGCCGCGUGUCCGCGUAGAUUCCGCGCUGCGCGCCGCCGGGCUGGAAGGCGCCGGCGAGCUCUCGCGGGCUCAGUUCGGGGAGUUCGCGGCGGAGCUGUUCAGGGAGGCCGUGCUCGCCGGCGCGGCCGAGGCGGCGCUCGUCCGUGCCCCGGCCGGCGCGGCCGGGGUCCUCGGGGUGGCCAUCGUGUCCCGCGCCGGCGCCGGGGCAGCUGGGAAGUUGGUCGCCGCUUACGCCGCCGGCGUCGCCGCUGCUGUUUACCUCAGCUUGGGCUAGGUCUUCUCGAGUCGUAAAUCUGCACAAUAAACUGCUUCUACUUCUCCGAUGUACUCCGUAUUCUGUAGAGAUGUUUCUUGCGUAGUAUGGUCAGUGAAAAGAGAGUGCAACGCAUCUGCUGCUGUGUUCUUGUUCCUCGGAUGCCUCCAGAUUAAGCUGGAUAUUAAACCGUAUCAAGACUGGAUGUAACGGAUCAACGAUGAAGCUCUGAAUGUAAUCUGAUCAGCAGCAAUAUGCAGUCAA